GAAAUUGUUGUAAAAGCCAGUAAAUUCUUAAGAAAGAACCCCGAAAUACGAAAUACUUCGAAAUACUUCGCAAUACUUUUAAAGGCAACUCGAAAAUGGUUUGCAAGGGCUGUGGCACAAACUGCAAGUGCAGCGACUCCAAGUGCGGCGACAACUGCUCGUGCAAUCAGGACUGCAAGUGCGUCUGCAAAACGGGCACUAAGGAGCAGUGCUGCAGCACAAAGACCACGUAGACAAUCUAAGUAAACGGAUAUUGUUCCAAUUAAGCAGAAAUCAAGCACUCAUCUCUGAGUGAAUGCAAACAAA